CAUAAAAAGAAUUUCCAAUGCGCAGGACAUACAAAAAAGAAUUUUUUUUUUGCCAAAGAAAAAUCAAUAUUUUCCGAUUGCAAUUUUUGCAAGUGGGCGGAUGUUUGUAAACAAUUAUUUCGUUUAUAAUAAUAAAACCUGCUUCUUUAACAAAAAACAACAAUAUUAUUAAAAACUGUGAAUAAUGGUAAUUCAACGAAGUUGGAAAAUACAAACAGAAAACGGAAAAACUACUAGCAUAUUGCAAAUGAGUGCAACAUCCUCAUCCGAGGACUCAAAUGGAUCGAAUCAAACAAACAAUUCAGUAGCAACAUCAAAUACAAAUAAUUCUUUAUCAAAAAUGGAUCAAAUUAAAUAUGUGACAACCCCUCAAAUGGCGGAAAACGUUUUAGGUAGGCUUAAACAACGUCUGGGUGGGCAUGUCAGUGGUCGUAAAUCUUCUUCAGAUGCUGCUAUGCGCUCACUUGAACUUUUGCGAAUUACCAUUCAAAUUGCUUUUGACAAAGAAGUAGAUACAAUAGCUAAAAAGUUCAUAGAUAUGUAUUUCAAGCCAGCUUUUAAAAAUAUCAAAGAAAACUUAGGAGAUCAUGUUGUCACAGAAGAAAUGGCACACAAAAUGAUUUGUGCUCUUCUUGAAAAUUCCAAGGCUCAAUACAAUCCACAUCGCAACAAACCAACUGCUGUAUUACAACAAAUUCCUUUGGUUGCUGUACCAUCAUCAUCCGAACAACACAAUAUUAAGCCCGAAACUUCAACUCAAAGCAAUUUGGCGCUCAAAAGAUCCGCCCCAAAGCCCUCAAUACCCGAAACACCUGUUCAAAUUCCUAAAAAACCUGCCCUAACUGUCGGUCAACAGCAAACUUCUCAACCAAAUCCACAAUUACAAGCUCAACAACAACCACAACAACAACAACUAAAUCGACCACCAAAUACCACCGUUCCACCAAGAAGGCAAAUAUUUUGGAAUACCGCAGCCAUAUCAACGGAAACUAAUUUCGUACUUGAUGUUCAGGCCAAUCAGGCUUUUGGCUUUGGAACAGAUGGCAAGGAACGUUUAGCUAGUAAACAUCCUGAACUCAUUCGAUAUCUGCCUGAUGGUCAAGACCGUGACUGGUUGGUGGAACAGAAAAUCAUUCCUUCACAAAAUCGAAAUUCUCGAUUUUUAUUUUUAAUCUAUGACGAAGUUAAAACACUUGGACAAACCGAUCUCUACAAGGACAGAGAUAAUUUGAAUCUUUCCAUAUUGCAUGUUUUUAAGAUACCUAAUUUUAUAAUUCAAAAAAUGAAGCUGUUCUUUAUAGAUUUGAAUAUCAAGAGUCGAGGAUUGAUAACGAAUUCAUAUUCAAAUAUAGCAAAUAGUAGUCAUUUGAGAAAUGCGUUACUUCAGGGUAGUAAUCAAACUGUGACUUCAGCGGCUGUAUCUGUAGCGGUAACAACUACUUCCGUUGCAAGUAGUAUUAGCUCGUCGAAUAGUGUAUCAACUUCAACUGAUACAGUUUCGAAUCCACCUAAAGCAAAGAGUUCAUUAAGUUCAUCUCAUGCAACUUUGACAGCACUUCUCACUAAUAAUAAUGGAGGUAAUGGAAGUUCAAAAAUGACGGUAGCCAAUGAGACAAAAUCAAAUGACAUCUGUCAAAGUGGGCAGAAUUCGAUGGGAGCUGUUAAAACUGAUAACAAAAAGGAAUAAGAAGAUCAAAGAAGAGUUUGAAGCUCAGUUUGAAGGAACGAUGUAUUCAAUUAACUUUAUUAGAUAGAUUUCGUUGCAAUUAUUCAGAGAAUGUUUUUUAUGUUGUUAAAUUUAAUUCAUCGUCUUUAAUGUUAAUAUUAAGUAUUUGUACCUUUCCCUUAAAAAUAUGUGUCAACCAUGAUUAAGUAGGUAGUAUUAAGAAUUAAUUCAAAUGCGUU